AUGGGUAUCAAUAACUUGCCAAAUAUGAAACUUUAUUGGAGUAAUGAUAUGGUAUUCCAAAAUACAUUUAUUUCUUCGAUCAUGUCAAGAAAUCGUUUUCUUCAAAUUUUUUAUAAUUUACAUUUGGCUAAUAACUCAUUGGAACCAGAAAGAGGAUCCAAAGAGUACAGUAAAAUUUACAAAAUUAAGAAUUUUACUGACAUUUUACGGGAAAAUUUUAAAAAAAACUAUAGCUUUGGACGAUAUGGGACAAUAGACGAAAGUAUGAUAAAAUUCAAAGGAAGGUCAAGCCUUAAGCAAUAUUUGCCUCUAAAACCCAUAAAACGAGGUUAUAAAGUUUGGUGUUUAUGUGAUCCAAUCACUGGCUAUUUAUUCAACUUUCAAAUCUAUUUAGGAAAAGAUGAAAUUAGUGGAAAAGAAGCGUCUUUGAGCGAACGCGUUGUUUUCGAUCUUAUCUCUAGUGAUAAUUUCCAAGGGAAAUAUCUAUAUUUCGAUAACUUUUUCACUUCUCUCAGACUAUUAGAGAAGCUAAAGCUACAGAAAAUCAAAGCCUGUGGAACUAUCAGACCAGAUCGAGCAAGUAUUCCAUCAGAUUUUGCCAAGAAAAAUAAAAUGCAACGAGGAGACUGCGAAUCAAUGAUUAUAUUGAACAGCAUUGUCUUCGUAUGGAUGGACACGAAACAGGUUUUAUUGGCUUCAAAUUAUCAUAAAGAGAACGAAGUUGUUUCGAUUUCCCGUCGUUUGAAAAAUGGUCAACAUAUUACAAUCAACUGUCCAAAAGCAAUAAAAGAUUACAAUCAGUUUUCACAUGGAGUUGAUCGGCUCAAUCAAAGAAUAUCAUGCUACAAUCUCGACCUAAAUUCGGCUGUUAAAUAUCUUGUUGGACAAGAACUAUAUAAAGAUGAAGGUAUCGUUAUGUCCAGUGACUGGUUGAAUAAAUAUUCCAAUGAAAGAGAAAAUUUCAUUGUCAAUGAUGAAGAUAAAAAAGUUGAUGACAAUGAAGACAUAAAAAAGGAAUCAGGAUUUGAUGAUGAUGUUGACAAUUGGAAUGAAUCCGAUGAUAAACCAGCUAAUCCAGCAGUUACUGAAACAUUAUUAAAUGAUGAGAUUGAAGAUCAAACUGAUGUUGGUAUUAAAUUUGCUCCAGCAGAAAAUAACAGACCAACAUCAGUUUUAAUGGAUAUGAAAGUUGACGAAUUAACAUUUCCGAAAAUUUAUUGUGGUAAACAAAGAAGAAUCAAAGAAAAUGUUAAAUUGACUUAUGCUAAAAUUGCUAAGUCAGAACUAAGAAUGUUCGAUCGAAGAUAUGGCAGAAUAUCGAAACUAUUUUUUACCUAUAAGAAAUUGCAAACGAGAAAGUUUUCAGAUGCUAUUUCAAUAACUUUGAGAAAAACAAAAAAUACGAGAAAUCUAACUGCUACACAAAUGCUCAAUCGAGAUUAUAUCAAUGGUUUAGUACAUAAUGAUGAUGCUUUCACAUUCUUAAGAUGUGAUCGAUCCUCACCAGCAUUUUGA